GCCCCUUAAAACCGUAAGCAAAUGUAUAGAUUAAAUUAUAGUGAAAAGAUGAAUCGAUAUCAAAAAUAUAGAAAGCCACAUUCCCUCCCUCCCUCCAGGUAGAAUUGGUAGAUAAUCAACCAUUCUCAUGGGAGCUUUCUACUCCUAGUUAUACCAAGGAACCAGGUACCUAGAGAACAUUUCUACUCCUAGCUAAACCAGGUAACUAGAGAACCUUUCUCACUCCUCCAGGGAGCUAGGCAUGGAAGGUUACAUCAACUCAGCCUUCUCAAGCUCAACAUCAACCCUCUCUCGUCUCUGGGGUCGACAAAAGAAAGAGGAGAAGGAUCCUGCCACACCGGAGAAAGUUUACGUGGUUGAUCCAGAUACGGAUUUAGACAUGGACAGUUUUCUCUCCAAUCUUGAGAAGGAUUCAGAGAGAAGAGAUACAGACUCGUUCUACGACAUAGAUUUGAACUUCACAGAUGGACAACUCAGGUUUAAAUAUGCGGAUGAACCUAGUAACCUGGAUUCUUAUAGAAGUGGAGGGACCCUGAGUAGUAGAUCUGGUACUGCAGCUAGAGAUGGAUUAAAUAUGAUUGAACAAUCAGCAACAGGAGAAAUACCCCAGCCAGCUAGGAAGACAGGAGAUUCAACCUAUACCUCUGGGCGACCAAUAUCCAGAGCAAGUAUGCGUGGAGUUCGUAGAUUUACACCUCGUUCCGCCCUUCCGCCCUGUAUACCAGAGGAGGCGGAGGAUCCUGUGUUUACACGCCAAGAUGACGGACGAAUAUCACUAAGGCUGGCACAGAAUGAAGAUAUAACCAUAAGUCAGGUAGAGUCUAGACCGAAAACGGCAUUGGAGAAACCUGCUCCAAGUCCUGGAAACCUGUUUGGUCUGAUUGAUCAGAAUAAACUCGCAUCUCUCUUAAGAACUAUUUACAGCCCUAGUUCUAGUACGGACACUUCACCUCGGGAAGGGAUUGUUUGCUGUCCAGGACUGUUCUCUUCUAUUGACAUCUCUUGUCUCUUGGGAGUUUGCUCUCUUGUUCUCCUCAUCAUGGCUAUGGCUUCUCCCUACUGGAUAUCAUCAUAUCAUGAGACGCAAUCCCCAUUUAUCCGACUAGGUCCGUGGGAGGCCUGCUUUAACCGGUUCCGUUAUCCACGUUACCAGUUCGACCGGGUGUUUAACGGUUGCCACGCCGUCUGGGGCUGGGAGUACCGCCUUAUCCGCGAAUGGUUGCUACCGCCCUGGUUUCUGGUGGUUCAAGGUUUCCUUCUAUUAUCAUUUAUUCUCUGUGUUCUCUCAAGAUGUCUCUCUGUCGUGAUAUUGGUUCGGUAUCCUCUCCCUGUCCUGCUCAGGUUUGGAUACCAACUUGUCCUCCUUGUAUCCGUCCUAGAUUUCAUCAUAGGAUUCGUCCUUGCUCUUACCACAACCAUAUUUGGUAUUUGCUGUUGGGGCAGGGAGUGGUUAAUGUAUCCGAACUAUAAUCAUCUAUCCUGGGGUUGGGUUGCAGUUCUUCUCUCCUCCUUCUUUCAUCUCCUCAGCAGUAUCAUGUUCUUCAAGGAGUCCGGGUUGGAGAGGAGAAGGAAAGAGUUAAAUGAUCAUCUCCUGGCACAGCUUGAGCCUCCUCCAAUACUAUCCCAAUUAGAGGCACUGCCUGGAAUGUAUAUUUGAAGAUUACACGAACCUUUUGUUUCCUGUGAAAAUAAAUCCGAUAACAUUAAGAGCCUGAUAUGUUUAUGAAGAUCAUACUGUUCCUGUUUUUGGUUCAGUCAACCUGAAGACUAUAGUGUGCUUUGUCAAAACUUCUAAGAGAAUAUAUGGUUCUCCAACCAAAUCCAGGAACAGGGGGAAAUGUUCAGAUAUUGCGAAUGAACAAUCAUCAUGGGAGGCUCCAGCAUAUCAGAAAAGUUUCGCAAGUUUAUGUUACCUGAAUUCAGUACUAUUGUGUUGUAAAUCUUGGGAUCAAGCAGACCUACGGACCAAUUUAAUUAUUUUUCGGUAUUUCGUGGUGCUCAUACACUGCAGGAAUAACCUCUUCUUUAAACGUGCCCAUAUUGAAUAUCUAGAUCAAGCAUUCUAGAUCAAGAUACUCAAGAAAAAACUACGAACUUCCCAGAAAACUGCUGGACAAUAUAGGCACAAGUAUGGACAUCAGAUGAAACCAAGACUAUACUGUAAAAAAAUGCUCAGUCGAAACCAAGGGGAAUAUUUAAAUUCUCCCUUUGAAAAGGUUUAGAUUUUUCAGAUCAUGGAAUAAAUCUUAUCUUAUCAGAUCCAUCCGUCCUACAAGUUAGCUCAAGAUGAAUAUUUUUAUACUAGAUCUGCCUGAGAUCAAGAACAAUUGUUUCAUUUGAAGAACUUAUCAAAUAAUGUUUGAUAUUUAAAUAUAUUUUCCUGUGUUUUUGUAAA